AUGUUCGUCAGGAAGCGCGAUGGACGCCAGGAGCGCGUUCAGUUCGACAAGAUCACUGCCCGUGUCUCAAGGCUGUGUUACGGCCUUGACGCGGAUCAUGUCGACCCCGUCACCAUCACCCAGAAAGUCAUAUCCGGUGUGUAUGGCGGUGUGACGACUGUUCAGCUGGAUGAUCUCGCUGCCGAGACUGCCGCCUACAUGACCGUCACCCACCCCGACUAUGCCAUCCUCGCAGCCCGUAUUGCCGUCUCCAACCUUCACAAGCAGACCAAGAAGCAGUGGUCGUCGGUCGUCAGCGACCUGUACCACUACGUCAACCCCAGGAAUGACCGCGCGUCGCCCAUGAUCUCGCAGGAGACGUAUGACUGUGUCAUGCGUCACAAGGACGAGCUCGACUCGGCCAUUGUCUACGACCGUGACUUCAACUACCAGUACUUCGGCUUCAAGACCCUUGAGCGCUCCUACCUGCUCAAGCUCAAUGGCAAGAUUGUCGAGCGUCCCCAGCACAUGAUCAUGCGUGUUGCCGUCGGCAUCUGGGGUGACAACAUCGAGCGUGUCAUCGAGACAUACAACCUCAUGUCCAACAAGUGCUUCACCCACGCAUCUCCCACCCUUUUCAACGCCGGUACCCCUCAGGCCCAGCUGUCCUCGUGCUUCCUCGUCGAUAUGAAGGAGGACAGCAUUGACGGCAUAUACGAUACCCUCAAGACGUGUGCCAUGAUCUCCAAGACGGCCGGUGGCAUCGGCCUCAACGUCCACCGCAUCCGCGCCACGGGCUCCUACAUUGCCGGCACCAACGGCACCUCCAAUGGUAUCGUCCCUAUGCUACGUGUCUACAACAACACGGCCCGCUACGUCGACCAGGGUGGUAACAAGCGUCCCGGUGCUUUCUGCAUAUACCUCGAGCCUUGGCACGCCGACGUCUUCGAGUUCCUUGACCUCCGCAAGAACCAUGGCAAGGAGGAGGUCCGUGCCCGCGACCUAUUCCUGGCCCUCUGGAUUCCCGACCUCUUCAUGAAGCGUGUUGAGAAGAACGGCGACUGGACGCUCAUGUGCCCCAGCGAGUGCCCCGGCCUGGCUGACGUCUACGGCGAGGAAUUCGAGGCCCUGUACGAGAAGUACGAGAAGGAGGGUCGCGGCCGCAAGACGAUCCGCGCUCAGAAGCUUUGGUACUCCAUCCUUGAGGCUCAGACCGAGACUGGUAACCCAUUUAUGCUCUACAAGGACCACUGCAACCGCAAGAGCAACCAGAAGAACCUGGGUACCAUCCGCAGCUCGAACCUCUGCACCGAGAUUGUUGAGUACUCGGCCCCCGAUGAAGUCGCCGUCUGCAACCUGGCCUCUCUGGCCCUGCCGGCCUUUGUCGACUACGACAACGCCUGCUACGACUUCAACAAGCUGCACGAGGUGACGCGUGUCGUCGUCCGCAACCUCAACAGGAUCAUUGACGUCAACUACUACCCCGUCGAGGAGGCCCGCAACAGCAACAUGCGCCACCGCCCCAUUGGCCUCGGUAUCCAGGGUCUCGCCGACGCCUUCCUGGCUCUGCGCAUGCCCUUUGAGUCGCCCGAGGCCCGUCAGCUGAACCUGCAGAUCUUUGAGACCAUCUACCACGCCGCCGUGACGGAGUCGGUGGAGCUGGCGAAGCAGGAGGGCCCCUACCAGACCUUCCAGGGCUCGCCCGCCUCCAAGGGUAUCCUGCAGUUCGACAUGUGGGACGUCAAGCCCUCGGACCUGUGGGAGUGGGAGUCGCUCAAGGAGCAGGUCAAGGAGCACGGCACGCGCAACUCUCUACUUGUGGCCCCCAUGCCCACGGCCAGCACGUCGCAGAUCCUGGGCAACAAUGAGUGCUUCGAGCCCUACACGUCCAACAUCUACUCGCGCCGUGUCCUGGCCGGCGAGUUCCAGGUUGUCAACCCCUGGCUGCUCAAGGACCUGGUCGAGCUCGGCCUGUGGUCCGACGCCAUGAAGAACCGCAUUAUUGCUGAAAACGGCUCGAUCCAGAACAUCCCCAACAUCCCCGACGAUGUCAAGGCCCUGUACAAGACGGUAUGGGAGAUUUCCCAGCGCCACGUCGUGCAGAUGGCUGCCGACCGUGGUGCCUUUAUCGAUCAGUCGCAGUCUCUCAACAUCCACAUGAAGGACCCCACCAUGGGCAAGAUUACCAGCAUGCACUUUGCCGGGUGGAAGCUGGGUCUCAAGACGGGCAUGUACUACCUGCGCACCACGGCCGCCGCCGCCCCCAUCCAGUUCACCGUGGACCAGCAGGCCCUCAAGGUGGACGACACCACGGUGGCCAAGGACCGCACCCUCAAGAAGCGCACCGCCCCCGCCGGCACCAGCUACGUGUCGUCGCCGUCCGCCGUGCCUCGCGCCAGCACUGCGAUGGCCGGCUCCGGCUCCGGUAACUCUCUGAGCAACGGCAUCCCCACGCCGACUCAGACUCCCCCACCUGCCCUCUUGGGACAGCAGCAGCCUCGGGCCGCGGCGUCUCCCAGCAAGUCUGCCGAGAUGAAGGCUGACGUUGCCGGGGGCGACAGCCCGCGCGCCCUCCCCACCGAGCCCACGGGCAAGGUUGAGGAGGAAGAGCUUCGCGAGCCUAGCAAGGAGAGCAAUCAGGAGGAGGACAAGGAUGGGGACCGCGAGCGCGACAUCUACUCGGAAGCCGCCGUUGCCUGCAGCAUUGAGAACCCCGAGUCGUGUGUCAUGUGCAGCGGUUAA